AUGGAAACCUCAGAUCGAGACGCCUUCUUCCAAACCGAUGCCUCUAAUGCUGAGAGAGAGCGCAAGGCUCUCAAAGCCGGCAACAAAAAUGGAGACCCAAUUGUCAUGAAGUCCAAGAUUCUGGCUGCCGUCCCUGACCCCUUUUCUCCUUCAACCGCCAUUUUCAUCGCGGAAUCAGCAGGCUUUGUCCGCCGCAUAGACCUUGCAUCUGCGUCAACAAAAUCAACCUAUCGAGGACCCAAAGCCCCCGUGACAUGCGUCGCCAUUGGAGGCAGUGGCAACAAGACCGUCUUUGCCGGCUCAUGGGACAAGGACAUCUGGUCUUGGGAUGUCGAGACAGCCCAGCUCGGACGCAAGUUCAGCGGCCACUCAGACUUCAUCAAAGUCGUCAUCUGCACCAAGGUAUCCGGCAAGGAGAUCCUCAUCAGCGGCGGCGCAGACAAGAAGAUCUUGGUCUGGGACAUUGAGUCCGGCAAGCGCCUCCACACGCUUCAAGACCCGACCACGACAAUGAUGGCCGUGCAGCACCUUGCCAUUGACCCUGUCCUGAGCACGCCUGAUGCCGUGGUCAUCGCGAGUGCGAGCAGUGACCCUCACAUCCGCCGGUGGAAAAUCACAGCCACUGGCUUCGAGCAGUUGACUGAGGCGUUCCAUGACCGGCCCGACGCCGAGAAGCUCACCAUUGCGGAACACGAGACGAGCGUCUACAAGCUCAUAUACGAUCUCGAUAGCGAGGAAGGCGAUCUCUGGACGGCUAGUGCGGACGGCACUGCCAAAUGUCUCGCUCGGGCCCGCAACUUUGAGGCUGACGAUGUCUUUACGCACGGGGACUACGUCCGCGCCGUGAUUCCUACGGAGAGCUGGGUAGUCACUGCGGGACGAGACGAGAAUGUCAAGGUCUGGGACAGGUCUUCAGGCAAGCUGUACUGCACGCUGGAGGGGCACUACGAGGAAGUGACGGAUCUGAUCCUGCUGCGUAACUCGCGAGGAUUACCUGAAAAGGUUUGCAGCGUCAGCAUCGACGGCACCAUUCGUACAUGGCCUCUGAGCAAGGGCGAGUUGGACGAGGUGGUCAAGAAGAUUGAAGAGUCCAAGAAGCCUGUAGAACAAGAGGCCGAACCGGAGUCGGGUAACAUGUUGACCGCAGAGGAGGAGGCAGAGUUAGCUGAGCUGAUGGAUGAUUGA